AUGGCCCCAACGUCCAAGGCGCCCGAGUCCGCCUCCCCGACAACGACCGGGCCCGAUGGCGACUCGUCUGUGGAUAACAUUGCCCAGGCGGCCAGCGCACUCGAGGCCAACUUGACGAACCUCGAGGGUCGACUUGAUGCACUGCUAGCCGCGUUCGAAUCGACUCAAGAGCCCAACGAGGACGGCACUGUGGCACCACCGCCCGGCCACGAUGCGAAGAAGCCGGACGACACGGUCCUCGCCAAAACCCCCAACUGCGGAACCCAGAGCUCCGAGUCCAAGUCUCCCGAAGCGGCGAAGAAAGCCUAG